UUUGCACACACACGCACACAGCCAAACCUGGUGAGAACACCCAGCAGCUAAGUGAUAACAUCAGCGACUUGGGAAAAAUCAUGACGAUCAGCAAAAGCUCCAAGAAGCAAAAGGCUCCUCGGUCUCCUCCUUUCCUAGACCGGGCCAGUGGAUUCUAUGGACGUUUAGAUGAAAUAGAAACAGAGUUCAGGGUAGAGGUGCAGAUCACACAGAAACAACCAUCAGCAAAGCCUGUGGCAGGAGAAAUGAACAGCAGAGAGCUGCCAGAUGACCAAGAGCACUGUGUGUGUGAUUUCAGCGAGGGCCUAAUGGAAGAUGACGGAGCCACCCUGCUGAAGAGGAAGCCAAGCCGACUGAGCCGGCGCUGGAGCAGGAAAAGCUCCAAGAGGGCCAAGUCUGAUAAAUCGUCCCUGGAGAUGGAUAUCGAAAACACUGAGACUGAGGUGGCGCCUUCCAUUAACCCGAGCCUGCAUAUGCACUUAGAAACUCAGCCUGAAACAGGAUCCGGCAGCAGAGCUCCAGAACCCAUGUUAAUCCACUUCUCCAUAAGAGAGGAAGAUGAUGAUCAGAAACUCCUUCCUGAAGGAAAGGAGAGACAUUGUGGGAUGAAGGAGAAAAGGAGAGAACAAGAGGUGGAGGGGAAAACAGACGUAGAGAACAUGAAGGUCGUUAAAAGGAGCUCGCUUAGGAAUUAUCAUAAGGUUUUGGAUAAAGCAUUCCGACGAGGAUGGGAGACCUUCGUUGCUAACUUGUACAGUGUGACCCUCUCUCCUGUUUCCUCGUCCGUGUCCUCACCAAGCAAGUCUGAAAUGGACAGGAAAACUGCUUUGGCAGAGUUUAAAUAAUACUGAAUUAGAUACUGAUUAUUUGAAUGAUAAAUUAUACAUUUCAGUUGUUAAUUGCCUGAAAAUGUGUUCACGUAGUAAUCACUGUUAUUACAUGAAUUUUUGUAAUCUGUAUUUACAUUUGAUUUAUAUCCACCAGAAUAACCUAUUUUAAUAAUGUUACUACAGUAUCUCGCAUGGGUCUUGUUUGAGGAUGGUUUCUGUUAUAUAACCUGAAAAUGGUUAAUUUCUUGAAAGUGGCUGUGAGCUUCUUGUUUUGGUUCUGAUAUGGGUGCAGGGCGAUUUAUGGUGAAUUUAUGUUACUGUUCAAAAAGCUUUCGUCUCACAGAAGAACAACAAUCUCACAAAACCUAAUGGAAUCAUUUAAGGACUUGUUCUGAAUGUUGUAAAACUGACUGAGCUACGAACAGUGUUAUGGAGACAGAGGUCUUUGGUGUAAUUUAUCUUUGCGAGCAGGCAAUCUGCCAUGACCAAGGGACUAAAACUCCAACACUGGGAGCUCAUAUCUAUUUGGCUUUGAAGUCCAUGACUGAGCCAGCUGACUGAGUUAUUUACGUAUAUGGAUCAUAGGAUGUAAUGAACUUAUCAUAAUAUCAGGACUACAAAGAAAUAAAAUAUGCAUUCAUUGUAAAAA